AGAGGUAAACUAUCCUGUGUUCCUCUAAUUUAUUUAUAAAUGAGAUUUCUUUCUAAUACAACCAUAUCUAUUCUUAUCUCCUAACAUUUCUUCACUCUGACUCCUCUUUGCACUUUACUGUGCAAGGUCUUUAUUUCCCCAAUUAUAAGAGCCAUCACCCCCUCAGGGCAGUUAUUAGCUAGCUGCUACCCCAGUACUAUUAUCAGCAGCAGACAGAUGUCAUUGGAAAAUCUUAGAUCACCCCUGUGACUUCAGGAAGGCAAGCAUUCUGUAUGAGAAUUGACUAAUAAGAGCCUUUCCCUUCCCUCCCUCCAUUCGCCUUCUGGGUGGGUGGGUUCAAGAAGACAGGGAUGGAUUCUAAUCUGCAUCACAUCUCAUUACAUUUUCUUUGCCCCAAAUCCCAUUCAUCUUCUAAAGUUCAUUAUUGUUGAGGGCACCAAUAUUUCCUUACUUAAUUCACAACCUAAAUAUCAAUUUCUGUUCACUUGAUUUCUAAAUCUUAUUUCUGCCUUGUUUUUCCAAUUUAUCCCCAAUCUUCAUCUCACAGAACCACUAAUCUGCCUCUUGCUUGAACUAUUGUAACAAUCUUUUAAUUUAUUUUUCUGCCUUAAAUCUCUCCCUCUUUCAGUUCAUCCCCCCCACACCUACCAAAGUUAUUUUCCUAAAAAACAAGUCUGACUAUAACAUCCUUACUCAGGAAACUCCAUUGGCUCCUUAAUGGCGUAUAGGAUCAAAUUUUAUUUCAUCUUUAUCUUUUUAGAAAAAUUCUCUUUUGUAUCUUGUACAUACUUAUUAAUAUAAUAACAUGAAACUUUGUAAGUAAAUAUAUACAUUGGGAGUGCAGGUUCAAAACUUUUUAUCAAUAGUAGUUUAUGAUAAGGAAAAUUUGAGAUUACUUUAUUACAUGAAUUACCAUCUCAUAUUUCAUUUUAUUUGUACCCUUACGAUAGGAGUAGUGAAAGACAGAAAAAUGGCCCUUUUUUUUUUCAUUGUCAACAAUUAUGGGAAAGAUUUGGUGAGAAAGAAGUAAACCUUUGAAACCAAUAGCUAAAAUGAAGGUGUUUUGGAUAAUAUGGAUUUCAGUAAUGCAUGGUAAUUCAUUUCCUUACUGAACUAAAAAUAAUUAAACAACUGAUUAUCAGUUGAAAUACCAUGAGAAUUAGCAUGAUACAGAAGAAAUGAUUGAGUCUGAAUACUCAGUCCUAGUUCUGCCAUUUCUGAUCUGUGUGACUGACCAAAUCACUUAAACUCACUCUCUGGACCUGUUCUCUCAUUUAAUAAAAAUAGGGGUUUGGACCUAUAAAGUGCUUUCCAUCUCUAAGUCUAUGAUAUAAUGAUUAAGGUUGGUUCCCUGUUUUGAAUGCUUGGAGAAGAUGAUUUUUCACUAAGUUGAAUUGAGUCUUUAAUUGUAAGCAAAGUAUAUUGACAUUGCUACUUGUUUCUAUAUUGAAGGCUAAGAAAUAGUAAUGGGACGGAAAAAGAUUCCCUUGACAUCUUAAAGGACACACCAGUUUAUUUGUAUCAUGGCAGAUACCGACCUGUUUAUGGAAUGUGAGGAAGAGGAGCUGGAGCCAUGGCAGAAAAUAAGUGAUGUGAUUGAGGAUUCUGUGGUUGAAGAUUAUAAUUCAGUGGAUAAAACAGCUACAGUUUCUGUGAGCCUGCAGCCAGUCUCAGCUCCAGUGCCCAUCGUUGCCCAUGCUUCUGUUGGUGGGCACCUCUCUACAUCCACCACCGUUAGUAGCAGCGGAGUACAGAACAGCGACAGUGCCAAGAAGACGCUUGUCACACUAAUUGCCAAUAACAAUGGUCCAACACUAUACCACAAUACCUCCCUCAGAGAUCUCCAUGUGAAGCCACCAUUGCUGCCUCCCAGCAAUCCUGUAAUCAGAAACCACUGGUACUCCUACCCCACAGCAGGCAAUCCUUUGGUUCAGCAAGGUGGACAACCACUCAUCCUGACACAGAAUCCAGCCUCAGGUCUGAGCACCAUGGUCACUCAACCAGUAUUGAGGCCUGUCCAGGUCAUGCAGAAUGCCAACCAUGUUACUAAUUCCCCUGUGACCUCGCAACCCAUAUUCAUCACUACACAGGGAUUUCCUGUAAGGAAUGUUCGGCCUGUACAAAAUACAAUGAAUCAGGUUGGAAUAGUAUUGAAUGUACAGCAAGGCCAAACAGUUAGACCAAUUACACUAGUCCCAGCUCCAGGUACCCAGUUUGUUAAACCCACAGUUGGCGUCCCUCAGGUGUUCUCUCAGAUGACACAGGUGAGGCCCGGCUCCACGAUGCCUGUGAGGCCCACCACCAACACCUUUACCACGGUCAUCCCAGCCACCCUCACCAUCCGCAGCACCGUCCCGCAGUCCCAGUCUCAGCAGACCAAGUCCACUCCCAGCACCUCAACCACUCCCACUGCCACGCAGCCGACCUCGCUGGGGCAGUUGGCUGUACAGCCACCGAGCCAGUCCAGCCAGGCCCCGAAUCCCAAGCUAGCUCCCUCCUUCCCCUCUCCGCCUGCAGUGAGCAUUGCCAGCUUUGUCACUGUCAAGCGACCUGGGGUGACAGGUGAGAAUAGCAAUGAGGUGGCCAAGCUGGUGAAUACCCUCAACACCAUCCCUUCCCUGGGCCAGAGCCCUGGGCCAAUGGUGGUGUCCAACAACAGCCCUGCCCACAGCUCUCAGAGAACCAGCGGACCUGAGUCAUCAGCAAUGAAAGUGACUUCUCCAAUACCAACAUUUGACCUCCAGGAUGGUGGCCGGAAAGUCUGCCCACGCUGUAAUUCCCAGUUCCGUGUCACUGAAGCUCUGAGAGGCCACAUGUGUUACUGCUGCCCAGACUUGGUUGAUUUCCUGAAGAAAGGAAAACCUCUUGAUUCAGAGCCCACUAUCACAUCAGCAACAAAGCCACCAUCCCCAGAGAAGACUGCUCCCAUGCCCUCCACGCCAUCUACACCUGCACCUACCCUGUCGCCACCUGCCAAGGCCCCUGAACCCAUGGAGAAUUCAGGUGAUGUCACUCAGAGCAAGCUCAUCAUGUUAGUGGAUGACUUCUAUUAUGGACGGGACAGUGGCAAAGUGAGCCAGCUCCUCAACUUUCCUAAGGUGCCCACGUCCUUUCGAUGCCCACACUGCACGAAAAGACUUAAAAACAAUAUCCGGUUCAUGAACCACAUGAAGCACCACGUGGAGCUGGACCAGCAGAACGGGGAAGUGGAUGUCCACACCAUCUGCCAACACUGCUACCGCCAGUUCUCCACUCCCUUCCAGCUUCAGUGCCACCUGGAAAAUGUUCAUAGUCCCUAUGAGUCUACCACUAAGUGCAAGAUUUGUGAGUGGGCCUUUGAGAGUGAGCCCUUGUUCCUCCAGCACAUGAAGGACACCCACAAACCCGGGGAGAUGCCUUACGUUUGCCAGGUGUGUCAGUACCGCUCUUCCCUGUACUCAGAGGUAGAUGGUCAUUUUCGCAUGAUCCAUGAGGAUACCCGGCAUCUGCUCUGCCCCUACUGUCUGAAGGUCUUCAAAAAUGGCAAUGCAUUCCAGCAACAUUUCAUGAGGCACCAGAAGAAGAGUGUCUAUCACUGUAAUAAAUGCCGGCUGCAGUUUCUGUUUGCCAAGGACAAAAUAGAGCACAAACUUCAGCAUCACAAAACCUUCCGCAAGCCCAAACAGCUGGAGGGCCUGAAACCAGGCACCAAGGUGACCAUCCGGGCAUCCCGAGGACAGCCACGAAUACUGCCUGUCUCCUCAAAUGAUGCACCACCUAAUGCCUUGCAAGAUGCUGCCCCCCUGUCUACCCCAGCAGACCCUCUUCCCAUCUUCCUUUAUCCCCCUGUCCAGCGAAGCAUCCAGAAGAAAGCUGUCAAGAAAAUGAGUGUCAUGGGCCGGCAAACGUGCCUGGAGUGCAGCUUUGAGAUCCCUGAUUUCCCCAAUCAUUUCCCUACCUAUGUCCACUGCUCCCUGUGUCGCUAUAGCACCUGCUGCUCCAGAGCAUAUGCCAACCACAUGAUCAACAAUCAUGUUCCACGGAAGAGCCCCAAGUACUUGGCCUUGUUUAAGAACUCCACUGUCAGUGGGAUCAAACUGGCCUGUACUUCCUGCGUUUUUGUUACUUCUGUGGGAGAUGCCAUGGCUAAACAUCUGGUCUUCAAUCCAUCACAUCGAUCCAGCAAUAUUCUACCACGAGGACUGACUUGGAUAUCCCACUCUAGGCAUGGCCAGGCCCAUGACCGGGGCAUAAAGAACACCUACCCUUCUGCUUUCCCCCAUAACAAAAUUGCCACUGUGAAACCCGUGGGCACCUCCCCUGAGUGUGGGGAGCCCCCUGUAUCCCAGGCCCAGCUGCUCUCAGCAUCAUCUCCACUUCUCCCUCCAGGAGCCCCUGGCUGUCCCCAGACUCCAGCAUCCCUUCUGCAUGGAGAGGGGGCUGAGUGCCUGAGUCUUGACGAGCAAGAGGAAGGAGCCCUAGCUCUGUCGGACCCCGAGCCAACAGCAGCCGGGGGCCUCAGCGGAGCCGGCAAGAAGGAACAGCUGUCAGUAAAGAAGCUGCGAGUGGUACUGUUUGCCUUAUGCUGCAAUACUGAGCAAGCGGCCGAACAUUUCCGCAACCCACAGCGGCGUAUCCGGCGUUGGCUGCGGCGCUUUCAGGCCUCCCAAGGAGAGAAUCUGGAAGGCAAGUAUCUGAGUUUAGAAGCCGAGGAGAAGUUGGCUGAAUGGGUCCUGACGCAGCGGGAACAGCAGCUUCCUGUCAAUGAGGAAACACUCUUCCAGAAGGCCACCAAAAUCGGGCGGUCGCUGGAGGGUGGUUUCAAGAUCUCCUAUGAGUGGGCAGUGAGGUUCAUGCUUCGGCACCACCUGACCCCUCAUGCCCGGAGGGCCGUGGCUCACACCUUACCCAAGGAAGUGGCAGAAAAUGCUGGACUCUUCAUUGAGUUUGUGCAGCGGCAAAUCCAUACCCAGGAUCUGCCUCUUUCUAUGAUCGUGGCCAUCGAUGAGAUCUCCCUGUUCCUGGACACGGAAGUGCUGAGCAGCGAUGACCGGAAGGAAAACGCCCUGCAGACAGUGGGCACCGGGGAGCCCUGGUGUGACGUCGUGCUGUCCAUCCUGGCGGACGGCACCGUCCUUCCCACCCUGGUCUUCUACAGGGGGCAGAUGGAGCAGCCUACCAACGUGCCAGAGUCCAUCCUGCUGGAGGCCAAAGAGAGUGGCUACAGCGAUGAUGAGAUCAUGGAGCUGUGGUCCUCAAGGGUGUGGCAGAAGCACACGGCCUGCCAGCGCAGCAAGGGCAUGUUGGUGAUGGACUGCCAUCGCACCCACCUGUCCGAGGAGGUGCUGUCCAUGCUCAGCUCCUACAGCACCCUCCCAGCCGUGGUGCCCGCGGGUUGUAGCUCCAAGAUCCAGCCUUUGGAUGUGUGCAUCAAAAGGACUGUCAAGAACUUCAUACACAAGAAGUGGAAAGAGCAGGCCCGAGAGAUGGCAGACGGCACAUGUGACUCCGACAUCCUCCUUCAGCUGGUGCUUUGUUGGCUGGCAGAGGUGCUGGAGGUCAUCGCAGACUGCCCAGAGUUAGUCCAGCAGUCCUUCUUGGUGGCCAGUGUUCUGCCUGGUCCCGAUGGCACUGCUAACUCAGCUACCCGCAAUGCUGACAUGCAGGAGGAGCUGAUUGCCUCCCUAGAGGAGCAGCUGAAACUGAGUGGGGAGCAGACUGAGGAGGAGCCUGCAGCCUCCACACCCCAAUCCAGACCAUCCCCUGAAGAGGUAAUUGAACCCGAGAGCCUUCACCAGCUCUUCGAAGGUGAAAGUGAGACAGAGUCUUUCUAUGGCUUUGAAGAGGCUGACCUGGAUUUGAUGGAAAUCUGAAGGGUAGACUCCUGGGGAGGGGAGAAAUAGGCAAGGGGGUGGGGGGAAAUAAGGUACAAGGCGGGAUGGGAACUUUGGUUUUUUAAUUUUUUUGCCACCCCCUUGUGUUGGUUCAUACUUCCCUUUGAAUUAAAGGAAAUUAAUGGAUCAUGUCUGAGCUGAGGAGCUGGCCAGAGGCUAUUCAGCUUCUGCAGAAAGGGUUUUCAUGACUUUUUAAAAAAAAAUAAAAUAAAAUCACUGUGUUUGGUAUUUUUCCAAC